AUGUGCCUACAACCGCCGCAGUUCGCGCGCCCCUCCACCUCGUCGUUCCCCGGCCCCCCGCCCCCGUACCCCGCGCCGCCCUCGCCCGCGCCCCCCGCGCCGCCCGCCCCACCCACGGUCGCCAUGUCGUCGCCGCUGCUCGUGAACUUGCUGCAGAACGAUGCGCCCGCGCCGCAGCCGAGGGCGAAGCAGCCGCCGCAUCCGGCGAAGCUGGACCGCUUAGAGGACUCGCAGGUUGAGCUAGCGGUCGGGCGAGCGCCGUUCGAAUACCGCGGCGCGCGGCCCACGAUACGACCGCCGGCGCCGAGCGCAUCCCCGAUUCCGUCUGCGGCGCGCCAGCAGCGGCCGAACUUCAUUCGACGCGCGUUCGUGACGCGACCGGCGGCGCCGGCGCAGUACCGCGCGCCGCCGAACGCGACGAUAGUGACGCGCGCCCGCUUCCCCCAGUACCCGGACUUCCCGCCGCCGCCGCCGCCGUACAGGCAGGCCGCGCCGCGCCCGAGGCCGCAGCCGCCGCGCGUCACGCCGGAGGACCUGCAGGCGCUGCUGCCGCCACCGCCCACGUCGAUGGACCAGAAGACGCAGUCGAGCUUUCAGGAAUUCCAGCGGUAUCAGCAGCAAUAUAACGCCCGGCAGAGGGCUGCCUCCCGCGCUGCGUCCACCCCGGACUGGAACGAGCCGUACCGGGACACACUGGGCCUCUCCCUCCCCGACCUCCCGGACAACUGUGACCUUGACCAGCUGCUCCCUACCCUCGGGGCUGACCUCAAUCUCGAUGACAUCUCCGAUCUGGAUUCCAAUAAACUAGAUCUCCUUUACGAGCAAGACCUUCCCAACUCGACGGACUCCAACCCCGACGCCCUACUCCAGGAGAUCACCGGUGUCCAGUAUCCGCCCGCGAUGAAUGGGCCCUGUUUGGAAAUGACUUCCAAUCAGCCCAGUGAUGUGCCUUCCAAAUCUACAGAGACAUUCAACGAUAACUUCAUGCCUCCACCGCCUGUGCCUCCACAAACUGCAAAGUUCCAGAAUAGUCCUAACCAUACAGUUACACAGAAUCCACCUUUCAAAUCGCCGCCCAAUACGACGGUGUCGUCGUGUAGUAUGAGUAUGGAGAGGAUCGAUAGGAGUACAAAUCAUUCAACAUCGAUGCCGCCUCCGCUGCGGUUGCCAGUUCGGGCGACUGCUUCAGUGUCCACUGCUACGGUUGGCUCGCAAGCUACCGCGCAAGAAAUAGAGGAGCAGAGCAAAAGAUACCUCAUCAAAACACUAAUGAGGGAUGACGUACCCUCUCCACCGAAGGAACAAGAGAAAAAGCCAGAAGAAGUUAUCGUGGCGCAGUGUAAAGUGAAAGAGAAUGAAACGCCCGAAAUUUUUGGCAUAGCAAAAGUAGCGGAUGAUGAUAGUAAAAAAGAAGAUGAUAUGAAGUCGAAAAAUAAAAUUAUUAAGAAAGAAAUGAAGGAUGAUAAGCUGGUAGCGCAAAAGGGCGGGAAGCCAAGAACGGGCGGGGCAAAGGAAAAGCCCGCCGUUCUGAAAGACAAGAUUGUGCGAGAUGGAAAACCUGCCAAAGUUGCCUUACCGCGGCCGCAUGCCGCCAAGCCUCCAGCGCCAGUAGCAGAGGCGCCUAAAUCCCCUUCCGGCGAAAAAGAAUCAAUUAAAUUAAGGUUAAAACUUGAUAAAAAUGAGCCUGUAGUACAGCCCAUGUACAAGGCUGAUGUCAGUUUUAUCAACCAACAAGCCAAGGGUGAGAAACCGACCGAUGGCGAGCUCAGAGUACCACCGCUACACAUCAGCCUAAGGGGUCAUUCUGCCGUCAUAAAGAACUCGAAAAAAGAAAAGAAAAAAUUUACACCCGGUGAUUUACAUACGAAGAAGAUUAAAAUUAGGAAAUCCCUCGACUCGGAUGAAAAAUCCCAUCGGAGGGAUUCCGAAGAGUCUCUCGCAACGAAAUCGAGUGAUAGUACUGAAAACUCAAAGACUGAUGAGUAUUUAAACCUCAAGAACAUAAAGUUAAAUAAUCACUAUGGGGAAGGAGAGACUAUUAAGACGGAAGUAACCGGAGAUACAAACGUCGUUUACAGAAUGAAGACGAUAUCGAAGAACGCGCAUAUAGUAACGAAGCACGACUAUAAACUCAACAACAAAAUACAGAGCUUAGAUAUGAAACUGAAGAAGAAAUCCAAGCUUCUCAGCGAAAGCGGGAAAGUCGUAGAGAAAGAGAGGGAUAAGGAGUGGCGGAAUGACCUAUUAGAGAAAGAGGGGAAAUAUGCUCAGAACGAAGGGUACAGAGAGACGAAUAAUCACGACGCGAAAAAGAAGUUACCAGCGAAGGUAGAGAAGGACGGUGCGAAAUGUGAUAUAAAAACCAGUGAAGUGCAAUCGGUGAAUGUUAACACUGAAUGUGAAAAUGAAGGUGCUAGUGAACUGGACAAUAGGUUGCUCAAGUGUCAUAAAGCUUUGGAACGGACGCUAAGUGCGGAUGACGCGGAGAGCAAGUUCGAACACGAGGAGACGAACAAAUUGAAACGGACACUGACCGAUAGUGCAAUUACCUCACCCAAUGGGUUACUCUCCUCUGAAAAGAAGAGGAAAACGGCCCAUAGUUCCUGUCCAGAUCCUCCUGGAUCGACAAACGUAGGCACGAUAGGCGGGAGCCGAGUGGACUCAUCUCCGCCUGCCUCUAGUCAACGAUCCGGAGCCGUUUCUCCGCGGAGGAAAGAAAGGCCGAAGGACAAAUCCUACUGCAAACUCGUCGCUGAGAGAACAGCGAGACCGGAAGCUGAUAAGUUCAGCAAUAGGUCGCCCAACUCACAAGCACAAGGUGAAGAUUCUGGAAUAGAAUCAAUGGAUGCAUUAUCAGAAAAAUCUCCCAACCAAGCGAGUCAGUCGCCUCCGGGUCCGCAGAGAAAAGAGCGUCUAGACAUGCCAAGAUCAACGAGUCCGACGUCCGUGCAGAGGAUAAUAGGCGUUAUAGACCCAGCACCCGCUUCUGAUGAACUUUUAGAAAGGUUAUCCCUAGCGACGGGUCAGCCUCACUAUGAUCCCGGACCACCAGAUAUCGACGAUAUGGGUGAUAUUGAAGCAGAGUUAGCAAAAAUGCACGGAGACCAUAUAAACGGUGACGAUGUGCCUAGAAGACCGCCCGAUGAAACCAAUCAGACCAAAGAAGUGAAAAGAGAACCCACACCUAUACUCAGGGAUGACGAAAAACCGCCUAACCAAAGUAUAGAACGAGGGGAGGAUAGAGGAGACACGACGAAAGAACUUAAAAAGGAAGAUGACGUUAAACUCGAAUGUAAUAUUGCUCAAAAAGAUGAAACAUGCAAGCUGGAAACGAAUGUUUCACCUAAAAAAGAAAAGGGCGUAGAAGAUUUCGAUCAUUUACCCAGUAGAAUUUCGCCACCGUUGUACACAUAUUCGAACCCGGAAAAGAUUUCUGCCGCGGAUUCAUCAGAAAGUAAAGAAGAAAAAUCAACCAUCAUAAUUUCAGAGAAUGGUGAAACUAAAAACUCAGAAACUGAGUGUAAAGAAAAGCCAGAGCAGAAAAUCGAAAGGUUACCACUGAAAGCGGAUUUCCCUGAUAAGAGCUUAUUAGAGCAACUGCUUAUAGAGAUACCUACGCCUGAUUACACUGGAAAGCGACCGGAAUCGCCGUCUCCAUCUGCGUUAGAGAGAGUAGCGCGGAGUAGUGUUCGAACGAGAUCGAGUAGUAAAAUGAAUAGUCCUGCUGACGGGCCAAAGACGCCGCGGUUGAGUCCCGGGAUCAAUAAGCUCGAGCGAUCAGAUUCGCCGGCUUUACAGCAGAGGAACUGCCUCAGAAGCGGUUCAGUAGAUAAAACGAGUCCGAGGAUGGCCAACGCGGCGAACGCGCCGAAGCCCAUUCCUGGCGCGAAACGGAAACGACGUGAGUCUGAAAGUUCAUGCGCGUCCACCAUCAGCAUAGAGGAGGGUCUCUCGCCCGGUCGGCCGAAGAAGAAGCCGAGACGCGUGGACCAGAAGCCCGUGAACCCAGCGGUUAUCGGUGGUAAAGUGAAAAAGGAUUCGGACAGUGAUAGUGACGAGCCGUUGAUAUGCAAAGUGCGGGGAAAGGGGGUGAAGACUGUGAAGCCGGGCGUGAAAGUGGUGAAGAAUGCGGAGGGUGUCGGCACGCGGCGCUCCGUGCGGCACGGGCCCGCGCCCCCUGCGCCCGCCGCGCCCUCCGCCCCCGCCGCGCCCGCUGCGCCCCCCGCGCCCGCGCCGCCCAACACCACCACCGUAAGGCGGAAAACGAGGAGUGCUGUGGGUGAAGGCACCGCAGCGAAUCCCGGCGCGGUGCGCAGGCGGCGCGCGUCGCGCGACGGCAAGUGACGGCGGCGACGCGCGCGUCCGCACGCGCUGCCCCUGCCCCUCCCGCUGCCCCUGCCCCUGCCCCU